AUGUGCCCCGUUGUACAGAUGCAGUCCCCAAGGGAUCUUGGGGCAGAUGCGUGGCAUGUCGAUAACAUGGUGCACGGGGAUCCCGAGGCCACAGACACCUUUGAAGACGACCGCGUGACGCCGAUGGAGCACAUCAUCACUAAGACACAUUCACGGCGACUGAGCCGGUAUAGCCAUGAUGACAGGCAAAGAGGGAGAGGAUUCGACCGCUCCGCAACGGACGUGGACACGGACGCCAGCUCCCAGAAGUACCGGCGAAGCAGACAGAGAAACUCCAUGAUCAGCAAUUCCAGCCUCAACGCUGUAAAACGUCCACCGCGAUCUCACUCUGUGCCCUGGUCUCAUCAUCGGUCUCCGCUUCGUGAAGAGCCCCAAGUUCCCGAACACGCAACUCAUCCCCAUAUUGAUAGCGACGACAACUCGUCAGAGGAUGAAGCAGACUCCGAUGCCUUUGGGACACGACAUAGCCAGUCUGCUGUGCCUCACGGUCGCGCCUCGCCGGCGAUGAAAAACAGCGGUUCACGAAGCUCCAAGGGGAGCGUAUCCACCAUCAUACAGUCAACGUUUGUCGACCGAGGGGACACCCCAAAGACUGAAGUGCCCCGGAAACGUCUGGCAUCUUCCACCAUCUCCACGAGGGUCUCACCGCCGAUAGUUCAAGUGCAUGACGCCCUGAGGUACCUCGACGAAGACUCCCCAGACGUUACAGAGGAGAGCAUCCGGCGUUCCGUAGCAGAGGCUUCAGCGGUUUGGAGGUUAUCAUCUGCAUCUUCGGCCAAGUCCAAUAGGUCACCUUCUGCACCCAACACGAGCCCUGGCUCGUCAUCUUCCUCGAGCGGCGACAGUGGUAGGUCAUCCGAUCUUGUACGGGACCACGAAAGCGACCGGAGCAGCAGCCCAGCUCGAAGCAUCAACGAGGCCGAAACGUCGCUGCAAAGUAGCAGCGCGAACCGCGUAUCCGUCGUCACCACCGCCGAGCCCAAAGAGCGGAAACACAUCAGGAGGCCCAGCCACGAGCAGUACGGAACCCCCGAGAUGCCUCGGGGCAAAGCUCAGCUCCCACACAUCCCACCAAAGGCACUGAAGUCGCGCACGCCGAGCCAACCUCCAGCGAUGCAUCUGCCCCGCGCCGAGAAACUGCCCCUCUCGGGGUACGAGCUCCUGGCGGCACGUGUGUCAAGCGCAUCACAGACGGAUCAUGGCAAUGGGCGCGGUUCUCGCGCGCGUCGGGGGAGCGUUGGGUCUUCUGUCUCGGCGGCAUCCACGACACCACUGACGCCUUUCCAGAACCACCCGCCACUGAAGCCCAUCUAUCGCAGGUUCGAGGCCUUGAAUCACAGGCUGCUCCUGCAGCUGCAGGAUGAGCUGAGCGAGCUAGAGGAGCAGCUUCACCGCCUCGACACGGCCGACACUCAGACCCGUCGCGUCCAGAACCAGAUCCUCCCGGCAUCAAGGCGCGCCGGCAUCGUGGCCGGAGGUGAACUGCAAUGGCACAGGACCGAAGUACUGGCAAAGAUUGGAUACAAGCUGGCCCAAUACAAUCAUGUUCUCACCUCCUUCACAGAGACGCAAAAGCUGCCCAGCCCCGCCGCGGACGACGUUGAGAAUUACCGCACAUACCUGGCGGCAAAGAACCCAAUCGCCGAAAUCGAAGCCCGGUUUCUGGACACAGCCGACGACCUGGUUUCCUUGGCUCCGCCACGCCCUCCAUCCCCACGAUCCAGCAUAUGCCACACCCUACAGCAGCACUACGCCUCACAUCAGCAGCCGCCGACGCCCGACGACGCACUCACCUCCCUGCCGGGGCCUGGACCGUCUCUAUCGCACAGCCCGGCGAAAUGGUCGUACGGACACGACGGGCCUCACGACGACCAGGUCCGUCAGCCUGCCGAGAAGGACAAGGCAGCGUCGAGCGCCAGCUCCAGAGGGGGCAAGGACGGGUUCAGAAUACUGGUGGCAGCAGCAGCGGUGUCCGUUCUCGUGCCCGUCCUCGCGUUCCCGCUGAUCCCCAGCUUCAUGGCGCGGGUGGUGGUGGUGCUGAUCGUGGCGCUCACCCUCCUGCGUCUGUACGGCGGCGACGGGAAGAGCGGCAUCGCGCUCCCCAAACAGGCCAGGGAUAUAAUAAACAACCUGUCGACGAGGGACAUUGUCCUGACCAUGGGGUCGUACGGUGCCGUCAUGACGGUGAUUGCGGGGAUAAUCUGA